AUGUGGCGGCAUUUGACAGGCCUGAGAGCCAUGCGGCAUAGAAGAAAUGCCGAUGUGGAAAGCCAGCAGGGUGUAACGAAUAUCGAGCUGAACACCGCUCACCGUGGUUCAAUUGUGUCCCCAGAACAAUUACGCCCUCCCCAGCAUGGAGACUUUCACUUGCCGGAACACCCUACGGAUGAAUCUAUAGGCCAGGAUUCGAAAAGAAACGACUCACUUGAGCGGAUCGUUGGUCCAAAUGUUGGUGAUUUUUCUGGAGCUUGCGCUGAUGAUGAUAAUGUUGUAAUGACAGACACGCUUAUUCGAUGGAUUGAUGGUGUGGCGAACCAUUCGAGUUUGACUUUGUUACAAUUAUACGUCAAUCUCCACCAUGACUUUAUUCAUGUCGGCACGGAUCUGUCUUCAUGUGAUGUGAAACUGAUACCUGAGGUGCAAUCCAGUUUGGCACUACCUGACCCAACUCAUUGUAUUACGGCCAUGUGCGAUUGUGUGGCACCUAGGGCCCGACUUGAUCUAUAUUUGCAAGCAUCGAGACAUGUUGGUUCAGAUUUGGUGCAUCCGCCCCUAGAAUCGCAGUGGAGUCACGGCUGGAGAAUUGCAUCCACGAUAAUCGAGACCGGGUACGGGGUCAUGGUGAGGCUGCCCCUUGUGUUAGAUAAUGCCUGGAAUGCGGCAGAUCCAAAGCGUUUGUCCAUUGUACUAGAGGCCCUGGAUGAAGACGAAUUAAAGUUACCGCAGCGUAAUGCUAUCGUCACUACAUGGGACAUUAUUGGUUCUGGAUCCUACCAGGCACGCACACUUGCUCAGUAUGCGCACCUUGGCUCAACCCGACUGCAGCUGCACGAAUUGUUUGGCCUAUCACCUCUGACUAAAAAAGAUGAACCAACAGUGCGCUCGAACAACAAUCAGCCUGGUGAUCAUGCCACGGCAGAUCGCCCGCAUGAGCCCCUGGUAUUCAACCCAGCAUUGAUGGAAAAUGCUGCUAAGCUUGCUGAGACUGAUCGAGAAGAUGGUCCGGAGUGCCCGAUCUGUAUGUCAAAUCCAGCAAUGACGGUGCUUUUUCCUUGUACACAUUCGCUCUGCUUUGAAUGUGCCGUGCAUCUCCGGGAUAGUGUGCAAAAGUCACGCCAGCACGAUAGACGGAAUGGUCGUGAGCCAAGGCGGCAAUAUGUUUGCCAUAUAUGUCGAUGUGAUAUUGAGUCAAUGUGUUCCUUAUCAAGACAGGAGACCCCGGCAUCUACAGUUUAA